GGCAAGUUUUUGUACAUUGAGUUUUCAAUAUAAAUUUUAUACAUGUAGACAAAAUUACUUGUUACUAGUUAAUCAGAGAAGUCUGAAAUAGGAGUGUAGCUUUCCAGUAUUAUAAGGAACUAUUAUAAGGAACUGGUUGAAGUGGCUUGCCCCGGCCUGACUACUCAUUUUGUGUUGCUGCAAGCUGAUGAGUCAUAUGGUCAUACAGACAGUAGAAUCUCUCUUAGCUCCAGAAAUCCAGUCUUGUGUUACUAAUAUUAGCUCACAAAACUAUUUGAACUGCUUACAAUCUCAAAGAUAGCUUCAGCGGGAUGCAAAAAAGGCUUGCAAAGGCUAUUUCCAAAGGUUGAUUUUCUCCUAAAUCAUGUAUUGGAAAAAAAUCGGUUUGGAAUGAGGUAGAAAUUCAAUCUUGUUACGUAAUGGUUCACGUGACAAGUACUUCCGCUCUAGACAUUGCAAAUGCAAGAACUCUGAAAACCGCUGUAGCCUCUGGAUUAUUAUCAGGAAGAUGUCUGACUAUCUCACAAUAGCAGAUCUAAAGAGAUUGUAUCUCGUCACGUUUGAUGCUCGAAUCAAGUGGCGAAACAUCUUGCUUAUUCUUGACGUACCCCAGGCUACAAUCCACAGCAUCGGGAAAGAAUGGAGCAACAAUCCUGAUGACUGCUAUCGUGAGGGUUUGAUUAAAUGGCUUAAUGAAGGAGGGAAGAGCUGGAAAGAGAUGGUGGAGGCUUUGUCAAGUCCCAUCGUGAGUGAAGUUCACAUAGCCCAGACCAUCGAAAGAGAUCAUCUACAGUCUACUGGUCCAAACAACCCUAAAUUACAAGUUGACCAAGAUCGCCAGAAGAUCAACGAGGAUUUAACUGUUUUCCUAGACGAGCGUCUCGGUAAAGGUGCAUUUGGAGCAGUCUUCAAAGGCAGCUACAGGGGCGAGAUAUGUGCAGUCAAAGUGCUGCUUCACGAUGCUAUGGAGAUGCAGGCAAGUAUUUCAGUCGGCAAAAACGAAGAAGCUAGCGAUGCAAUUGAUCGUGAGAGUGAUUUUCUCAAGUCGUUCCAUCACCCAAACGUUGUUCAGUUUUUGUCGACUGCCAAGCACCCCAAAUCAGGGAGUACAAUCCUCGUUGUUGAGCUGAUGGAUUGCAAUCUGAGAUCCUAUUUCUCUGGCCUUGAUGAAGAGUCCCUCACUAGCGAAUGUGAAAUUAGCCUCUCUAAAGACAUAGCUUGUGGUCUGGCCUACAUUCAUAGCAAGAAGAUUAUCCACCGUGACCUCUGUGGCGAUAACGUCUUACUGAAGCUUGCACGACCAGUGCCUGUCGCAAAGAUUUCCGACUUUGGCAUGUCACGGCUAUAUGAUCCCUCCAAGCUUAGCCACACCCUCACAGCCAUUGGUCACCGUAUGGGGUAUCUACCUCUCGAGGCUAUUCGAUUGGACAAGGAUAAUUACGAUAAUAGCUUGGAUGUGUUCUCUCUUGGGGUGAUUAUGAUGCAGAUUGUUUGCAAGCUGAAGACGAUCAAAUCAGCCAAGGAUCGAUCAUUCCAUGUUGCCCAGAUACCUCACACACACAGGUUGACAAAGCUUAUCAACAGUUGUUUGCAAGAAGACAUGAGGAGGAGACCAUCUGCCAGGGACAUCUAUGCUUACCUGACAACAAGCUCGGACCCAGUGGAGGUAACAAAGAGGGAGUCAAAGAACACUCAACCAGUCAAGAAGACACAUAGUGAACAGAUUGAGCACAAAGAUGCUGAGCUGGUCAGGAGAGACGCCAUCAUUCAACAGCAGAGACAGAUUUCCACCAACAAAGAUGCUGAGCUGGUCAGGAGAGACGCCAUCAUUCAACAGCAGAGACAGGGUCCCCCUCCCAGAGAGUUGAGACCUCCACUCACUCUGAAAUGGAGAAGAGGAAAAGAUAUGCCAAUCAAGAUGGGUACCUCGGUACAGAGUGUUGUUAUCGGUGACACGGUGUAUGUUGGUGGAGGGUUUGCAGACAAUGAUCGUGACAGGUGUACAGUGAUGAAACUCGAGCAAGAUCAAUGGACCAAACUACCAGAGUACACUGCCAAGUACUUCGCUAUGACAUCACUCGCUAAUCGACUAGUGCUGGUGGGAGGACGUGAUCCAAGAAACAACAAACCUACCAAUCACCUUGCGGUGUUUGAAUCAGGGGAAUGGACUCACCCGUACCCACCAAUGAACAUUGCUCGUGAUUACUCAACAGCUGUCUCCUUCAACAACCACAUCAUUGUAGCUGGUGGGAAUGAUGAUAAAGGACGUACCUCCUCUGUGGAGGUGUUGGACGUGGCAUCAAGAAGAUGGUACAUUGCUCAGUCACUACCUAACCCACGAUCAGAACUGAAAUCGACUCUCAUAGGAAACAACCUCUACCUAAUGGGAGGGUGGGAUCACACUGAGCCAACCAAGACAGUGCACUACGUCGACCUCGAUGAACUCAUUUCAAAGGCCCUUUCCAACCUGGACACACCCACUCUCUGGCAGACCUUACAGGAAGUACCACUCGUGUUCUCAGCUCCUCUCAGUAUUGGGAGGUCACUAUUAGCCGUUGGUGGACGGGACGACAGGCGCAACCCAAGUUCAUCGAUCCACCUCUACCAGCCUGACACCAGGAGGUGGGUGAAAGUGGGAGACCUGCCUACUGCACGAUACAGCUGCACAUGCUCAGUACUUCCUAGUGGAGAGGCUAUUGUAGCCGGAGGACAGACAAACCUAUUUGUUAAUUAUGUUCAAACAGUUAAUUUCUUUUGUAUAAGUUGUUUCUCUUAAUUUGUAAUAAUUAUGUUGUGCAUUGUUAACGAUCUUUUUUUAUCAUAUUAUUAUAUAGUUCGCAUAUCUGUUUUCAAACUGUUGAUUUCUUCUCUAUAAGUGCUAAUUAGUUAUUUUGUUAAUAUUGUUUCUCUUUAAUUGUUCGAUGAGUUA